AUGUCAGACACCGAGUACAUCGACAACGAGCGCGACGGUGUCUCGCAUGAGGAUAAGAAGCCAGAUGUCAAGAGCUCACCAUCGCCCAGAGGUAAGAAACGCAAGCCUGUCAACGACGAAGAGGAUGACUACGGCGUUGCUUCAUCCUCGUCGAGCAAGCGAAAGCCCACGACCGGAAAUGGUGUCUGGACGGCCAAAGCCAAGUUGGCCGUCUUCAAGCAUCACGUCAAGCAGCCUAGCGAGAUAGACUGGGACGAGCUCACUCGGAAGACGGGCAAGACUAAGAAGCUGUGCUACGCUAUUUGGCGCGACACCAUGGAGAAGAAGAUCAUCAAGGCAAGUGCGGCGCUCGGUGGCCAGCUUCAGAGGAUCUCAAUGCAGAAGCAGGAAGGCGCUGACCCCUCGCUGUUAUUCCACUCCCCUUGUAGUUCAUCGAGGACAGCUGCUGAGCUGCCCGCUGUCAUUGAGCAGCCUCACUCGUCCUCCGUCAUCACCUCGUCAUAUAAGGCCACGCCCGCCAAGGAGGUCAAAGCUGCCAAGAUGACUCCCACGCAGACCUCGCCCAACAAGAAACGCAAGCGCGCUACCAAGGCAGAGGCUCGCAAGGGCACCGGCUCAUGCUUGCAACCCGUCCUCACCUCUCCCCAGCCUCAGAUGAAGAAACAGCUCUUCCAAGCCAUGCUUCACGGUGCAGCAAAGGUGCGGUGUAACCAUGUGGCCGAGCAAAUUGGCAGGACAUCUACGCAAUGCUCCGACCAGUGGCGACAACAACUUCUGCCUGCUUUGCUCAAGAAGAUCGACGAGAUGUGA